UGUUAUAUUUUUUAUUAAACGUCUUUGAUGAUUCUGACUCUUUUCAAUUAAAUUAUCAAAGAAUAUGGAAAAUUUUAACUCUCUCUUAGUACAUCAGUAUCGUGAAAUCACACAAUUUAAGCCAUCGAAAUUAAUAACCAAUGGCGCAAGAAGAUUAGCUUGUAUUUUAAGUGAAGAUAAGAAAAGAAUAAUUAUACUCGAUACAAAUGAUCAGGAGGAUGAAGACGAAGAUAACAGUGAAAUGAUGCAGUUUUCGUAAAAUAAAAUUUUAUUUUAAUUGCACAAAAGAUUUUAUAGUUAAAUAUUAGUAAAAUUCCCAUUACUGUAAUGCUUAUUUCGACUAGUAUAUAUCAAGAUAAAUAAAAUAGUACAACCGUGAAAAAAAUAUACACACGUGAUUGUAUAACCCUGUAAGUUAUAAAUUUUACUCCACUUUUUUGAUUUGGUUUUGUUAGCGAUAAAAAUGAAUGUCCAAGUUACCUCAGAUGAUAUUAACAUUUUAAUUUAUAAAUAUCUUCAUGAGUCAGGUUUUAAUUUCUCACCUGCAGUUUUUAACAUGGAGGCUAAGGUUGAAGAAGCAGCCCACAGAAAGGGUAUUGCUGAAAAAGAUGUAGAAACUGGACUACUUGUAAAGAUCAUAUACAAAGGUCUUUUUUAUAUGGACAUGGAAUUGCACGCAUUACCGGAUGAAUCUACGAUUAAAUGUAGUGCUCCUAUACAUUUAAUACACAAGCACCGUUGCAUAACAAAUGUAUCAUCUUUAACUACUACAGUUCAAAAUACUACAAAUGAGAUAAAUGAUGGUAACGAAACAAAUCAAAUCAAUGAAAAUAAUGAUAACAAUUUAAAUCAGAAUAAUAAUGACAAAAAGCGGAAAUAUGAAUCUUCAACCGAAGAAGAAGAAAUUAAACAUCUUGACGAAGAGCAGCGUAGUAAUAAAGAAAGAGAACAAAAAAAGGAAAAAGAUCGUGCUAGAGGAAAGGAUCGUAAAAAAGAUGAACGUGUGAGAGAUCGGAAAAGAAUUAAAGAUAAAGAUCGAGAAGCAGAAUUUGAACUCACGCGUAAUAAUGUAAAUAGCCAGCCGAGCCCAAGUACAUCUAACAACAUUAUAGAAUUGAAAGGUCACAGUAAAGAUGUAUUUUUAUGCGCAUGGAAUCCAAAAGAUACUAACAUUUUAGCAACAUGUAGCUUAGACGGUACUUCGCGAAUCUGGAAUAUUACAAAUUGGCAAAAAGAUCACGCACAACCCACCCUUAUUAAAAGCUUUAUUAAAAAUAAUCUUUCAGAUGUAUGCUGGCUAGAUUGGAACCCAACCGAGGCCAAUACAAUAGCUAUUGCGUAUGCGGAUGGAUUUUCUUGUAUUUAUAAUUCUAAAGGAGCUUUACGUAGCAACUCCCAAGUAAAUUCCGUGUUAACGAUCAAAUGGAGCCCAAAAGGUGAACACCUUCUUACAGUUACUCAAGAUGGAUUUAGUAUUUGUACUGAUAAGCGUGGGAAUACUGUUGGGCAGUAUAAACAUGAAACUGUAUAUGAUGUUGCAUGGGCUAGUGAUGACUCAUUUGCCGCAAGUACAAAAAAUAAUAUCUUGUUUUACACCAUUAAACAAGAAAAUCCGAUCAAAACGUUAACUGGACAUGAAGGACCAGUCAAAUGUUUGGCCUAUGAUAUUAGUAAGACUUAUUUGGCAAGCGGCUCCUCAGAUUAUACGGUCAAGAUCUGGAAGGAAAAUAAAAAGGUUAUACAUUCACUUAAUCAUGAAAGUGCCGUACAUGCAUUAACAUGGUCUCAAGCAAUGAAGUCAACUAACAAGAAAAAAGAAACAGGUUAUAUUCUCGCUACUGCUACACAAGAUCAUAAAGUGACAAUAUGGGAUGCAGAGAAUGGUAAAAAACUUAAAGAGUUUAAUGAUAAUCAAGCCAUUAUAUCUUCGCUCGAAUUUAGUCCGAACGGAGCACUUCUAGCGUUAGGAUCGUAUGAUCAAAACUUAUUAAUUAUCGAUUCUAAGAGCUAUGAACCUAAAAUUUCUUACAAAUCAGAAUCACCAAUAUAUCAUCUUCAUUGGGACGCAUUAGGCACUAAAAUAGCAUUUACUUUGGCAAAUGGCAAUGUGAUUGUUAUGGAUAUGAAAUAAAUUGCAAUACACUUAAGUACAGUUGAUUUGAGUUAUUUUUUAAAUAAUAAUAAUAAUAAUAAAUAAUAAUUUGAAAUUUCAUAUAU